AUGGCCUUAUCAGAAAAUAAAGCUGACCUACCAAGAUUCUUAUCAGAGCAGCUAAUCACCAGAGCACCUGAAAGCAAAGAAAUAGUCACUGCAGGGGGCUUCAGAGAUGAAUUGGAAGUGUGUUUUUCGACACCCACAACUCCGAUUUUGUGCCUAAAUGCAACCCACAAAGAAGCCGACACUAGACUUGCUCUUCAUGCUAUGAAUGUUACUGACGAUGCUGUGGUAAUUUCCACAAGGGAUACCGAUGUCCUCAUAAUUCUGGUGUCACAUUUUCACCGAAUGCACUGCAAAGAAUUGUGGAUGAAAGUGGGAACGUCUAAGAAGCAAAAGUACAUUCCUAUACACAAUGUUACAUGCAACCUAUCAACAAGUUGUUUCCAAGCCCUGAUUCCUUUCCAUGCUCUUACAGGCUGUGAUACAACAUCCUACAUAUCAGGUCAUACAAAGGCAUCCGCGUGGAAAGUAUUCAAAGAACAUCACGCUCUUCUGCAAAAUUUGGGUGAAGAUCAUUGCGAUGAAGAAAGUAUCAAGAAUGCAGAGAAAUUCAUCUGUUAUUUGUACAACGCAAGCAACGCAAGUUCCGUUAAUGAAGCACAACAUCUUCUCUUCUUCAAAAAAGGAAAACGGGAGACAUUGCCACCAACUAGCGAUGCUCUGCACCAUCACAUCAAGCGAGCGCAUUACCAAUCCAUUGUAUGGAAGAAAGCACACAAUCCUAUACAAGAGUUACCUUCACCAUCUGAUUGGGGAUAG